AUGAUGAACAGCUUCCUCCUCGCAGGCAUCUACUGCAUUAUCUUCCUUUCUACGACGGCUCAAGCACUCACUCAGCAAUACUGCAAACCCGUGGUAGGUUCGCCAGGUUGGCCCUCCAUCUCUGACUGGCGCGCUUUGAACAAUUCUGUCUCGGGUCGCCUCAUCGCUCCUGUGCCUCCGGGAUUGGUCUGCCAGACCAACAGUUCAGUGUACAGCGCCCAGGCAUGUGGCCAGUUGCUUGCCCAGUGGGGCAAUUCGUCCUUUCAUGCCGAUGACCCCUUCACGACCGACUACAACGAUGACUCUUGCCUCCCUGAUCCUCGAGCGCCAUGUUCUACGGCACUCCUUCCAGCUUAUGUGGUCAAUGCCACCAAUGCGGCUGAUGUUGAAGCCGCUUGCCGGUUCGCUUACAAGACUGGGGUGAGGCUCAUCGUCAAAGGAACGGGUCAUGAUUUUCUGGGACGCAGAUCAUCUGGCCGAAGCUCUCUCUCAAUCUGGACCCACAACAUCCGUGGCGUCAACGUCACGAUGGGGGAUCCUCGAGCGAAGCAGUACGGCGGUGUUGCUUCUGUCAAGAUUGCCGCCGGCAUGCGUUUUGGCGAAAUCUACCAAGAAAUUUCCACCUACCACCUUACCUUGGUCGGUGGUGCCGAUCCCAAUGUGGGCAUUGGUGGCUGGAUCACUGGGGCUGGACACUCUCCGAUCAGCGCCUUCUAUGGCUUGGGGGCAGAUCAAGUCCUUGAGAUGGAUGUUGUCACCGCCAAUGGGACACAUCUGACUAUCAACGAGGAUUCAUAUCCUGGCCUCUUCUGGGCAAUGCGAGGCGGCGGUAGUUCCACCUUCGCAGUCCUCCUCUCUGUCACGGUCCGAGCAUAUCCAGUCCUGCCUAUGACAGUGUAUACAUUCAGCUAUAACACGACUGCGAACACUGAUACAUUCUGGUCCCUUGUAGCAUACUUUCACAACCAAUUGCCCGAACUCUCCGAUGCGGGUGUCAUGGGUUACUACUUCAUCGUGCCAAACAACAGCGCGGCACAGUCUGACCCAGGCCGUAUGGGCUCGGUCGCCGGCUUCUGGUUCGCCCCAAACAAGACCGUCGAAGAAACCCGGCAAGUGUUAAUGCCCAUGGAACAAGCUAUUCGGAACAACACAUACAACUGGACGGACACGGUCUUCCUCAGCAAUGUUUCUGUGCCAGUGGCCGACUUCACCAAGUUCUGGCUCGCACUGGUUACAUCUCAGAGCGUAGGAAUGGAAGUGAGACUGGGGUCUCGCCUCCUUGACGGGGCCGCUCUCAAGACUGACCCAGCAAAGCUGAAGAGGCUCUUCAAGCAGACAAGUUCUGUCCCGCAGUAUCCGAUCCUGGGUCACGUCGUGGCUGGCAAGGGUGUCAAGACCGUCAAGAACGGGAUCCCCGGGGGAAGCAACUCGGUCUUGCCCGCGUGGCGCGAGGCUUACGCGCACAUCGUGCUCCCACGAACGUGGGCAUUUCUGAACGAGACGGCAAAGGUCGCGGUAACCACAAAACUCCGUGACGUCGAGACGGAAGCCCUCCGCGAAAUGGCGCCCAACACGGGAGCGUAUGUCAACGAAGCAGACCCGACUGAACCGAACUGGCAGGAGACGUUUUGGGGUUCAAACUACCCCCGACUGCUCCAGUUGAAGCGGUAUUGGGAUCCUAAGAGUGUGUUCUGGUGCGUGCCCUGCGUUGGUCACACGGAUGGCUGGGAGGUCGUCAGUCAGGUGGGUGUGGAGGGCGCGGUGGGAGAAUCUCCAGGGAGAAUUUGUCGGACUACAUGA